ACAAUUGAAUCUGUUGUUAUAAAAACCGCCUAUCGGCAAUUUUAAUUGUUGUAGUUCAAAGUCAUAAGGGAUCAUGAAAUAUAUACUGCUCUUCUCUGUCGUUAUAGCAGCAUCAGCUGCGAACGUAAUCAAAGACCCCACCGCGGGUUACAAGGAGGGAGACAGAUUUUUCUACUUCCCUGGAGAUGGAGAUAACAUUUUACACCUGGUUGAUUCAGAAGAGCCUGUUGAUGAAGACUUCCUUCGCAGCAUUGCCAGAAAUGCUAACAAUAAUGGCUACUGGCUCUACACCAGAGACAACCCUGAUAGUCACCAAGUUCUUCAAAUCGACAACCCUGACAGUGUGUUGAACUCGAACUUCGAUUUUUCGAAGACCACCGUGUUCUUAGCUCACGGUUGGAACGGUUAUGGACAGAAUCAUAUGAACCGACGCCUUAGAGAAGCAUUUCUGGAUGACGACGACGUCAAUAUAAUCGUGCUGGAUUGGAAUCGGCUGGCCAAUCGCAACUAUGUGACGGCCCGCAACGGAGUUCCCGCGGUUGGGCGCGGCCUGGGCCAGUUCAUAAACUGGCUGGUUACACUGGGGGCGUCGUAUGACAAAAUGCACUUGGUCGGAUUCAGUCUUGGCGGCCAUCUGGUGGGAAACGCUGGCAGGGAGACUGAAGGAAGAAUCAAGAGAAUUACAAGCCUGGACCCGGCCGGUCCUUUAUGGUCCAGGAACCGAGAUCGUAUGGGGAGGAGCGACGCUCAAUACGUAGAAGUGAUCCAUACCAACACAGACUUCUUGGGGUACACGAACCCCCUCGGCGACGCCGACUUCUACCCGAACGGCGGCGGCAGCAUGCCCGGCUGCUUCCUCAACUCCUGCUCGCAUGACAAAGCCAUCUCGUACAUGGCUUCGUCGGUGAGGAACAGACAUUUGCACGCGAACCGAUGCAACACGCACAGGGAUGCUACCCGGAACAGAUGCAGUGGCGAUUUAGUCCCAAUGGGUAACGGCGACUUGGAUAAGUUUGAGUCUGGUAUAUUCCGAGUGAACACAGGGAGAAAUUAUCCGUAUUGAUGACAUAUCUUCAAUCUUGGAUACCUUUAAAAUAACUUGAUUUCAUCUUGCCACGCCUUGUAAGCAGUAGUGUAUACUGUAUUUGCCAAGCGUGAUGGGACUUGGCUCAAAGCUGACAUGUCAAUGACCAAAGAAGACCACCAGGCCACCGUAAUGUUUGCUGUCUUACAUUGCGGACCCAUCACCUACUUCAUACCUGCACAAUUUCUAGACGACAUUUUAAUUAUAAUAGAAGACGAAUAAAACACUAUAUUAAAUGUUUUUUAUUUUAUUUUAGAUAUCUUCUCCCUAUCUCCUUACCUGGUACCAACCUAUCGCUUGAAGUCGAUGACGUUCAUUCUUAUGAUUUUUCAAACAUGUUCUAGUAAAUAUAAUAA